AUGCAGCCGGUCUGGAACAAAGACUUCGGCCAGAAGUCCGACAGCGAGAUCGCCAUGGACGCGUAUCUGGCCAGCCAGGGGCUGUACCGCAUGCUCACGGCCAGAGACGCCUCCUGCCUCUUUCGGGCCGUUUCCGAGCAGAUGUUUUCUUGUCAGAGUCAUCACAGGGAAGUCAGGAAGGCUUGUGUUUCAUUUAUGAGAGAAAACCGAGAGAACUUUCAGGCUUAUGUGGAAGGAUCAUUUGAAGAAUAUCUGGAACGGCUGGGAGAUCCAGAGGGAAGGGCUGGCCAGCUGGAAAUAAGUGCUCUAUCACUGAUGUAUAACCGAGACUUUAUUCUGUACCAGGAACCUGGACAGCCACCCACCUGUGCUACAAACAAUGGCUUUGAAGACAAGAUCUUGCUGUGUUGUUCCGAUGACUCCCAUUACGACUCUGUGUAUACAGAACAAUCUCAGGCAGAUGCUGCUGUUUGUCAGGCUGUCUUGUACGAGAUCCUGUACAAAGAUAUGCUUGGCGUGGAGAAGAAGGAAUUGAGAGGUGCAGUUGACAGUUUUCGAAGUGGGGACAAAAAGAACAGAAACAGUGCCUCUGUUGGAAGUGAGGAUGCAAACUUUGAUAGCCUUCCCAAGGAAGGGUCCAACACUUCAUCAGAAAGGAGAGAGGAAGACUGGGAAGGCAACAAUACUGACAAUCCGCCUGAAGAUAAACUCAGACAAGGCACUGAAGAGGCAAAGCAGCCAGAAAACCCACAAAAGAUAUGUUUUGCGUAUAGAGUGAUGAAAGCCCUGGACCCUCGGAUCUAUCGAAAUAUAGAGUUUGAAGUUUGGUUGGACAGCAGAAGAGAACUUAGAAAAACUGAUUACUUCAUGUUUGCUGGGAGAAAGUACUAUGUAGGAGACAGAUGUCAGGUAUGUCUGGAGCCUGGGGGUGAGUACUACAGUGCUUAUAUCCAGGAUGUUGGACCUGAUGAUACCACGAUGCUCGUGUUCAUUGAAGAGCUGGCAGAAAAGUAUAUUGUUCCAUUGGCAAACUUCAGACCAGUGACACAAGUGACUCCUGACCCUGCCUGCGACUGGGUUCCCAGUCAAAGAGGAGGAAACAAUGAGAAAAUCACUCGUUCCCCAUGGGAAUCGCAAAGAAUGGGUAUGAAAUCAUGGAAGAAACCGUUUAGGAGAGUCCGUGGGAAAGAAGCUUACACGACAAUGGCUUAUAAUAGGAGUCAGACAGUUCUUCCACCGUGGCACAAUGUUCCUUCAGGUCACCCUUCUCCAUUUAAUUACUCUCAAACUUCUGGGAAUACAGCAUCCUAUGGUCACUACCGUCCUCCGAGGCGUGGCAGGGGAUAUAGAAUGCCCAGGGGGUCUGCCCAAUUUACAAAGAGGAACAACAUGGUUGGCCCUCAGGUACCAUUGUACCCUGAUCCAGGGAAGAGAUGUUAUCACAGCUAUGGCAUUUUCUUCUAUGUGUCACAGUUAUAUAGCCAUAGUCACCAGCAGUUGCAGAAUUUCCAUCAGGCAGGUCCGCAUGUACCACAGACUGGGGAGGAGCCUCAGGCUUUGGAAGAAACCGUAACUUCCAAUGAAACUGAAAGAGGAGAUGAGUCCGCUUUUCCUGCUGUCCCAGUAAGUCAUGAGCUAGAAGUUCAUGUAGAAAUGUUUGUGAAAAGGAAAAGCCAGUACAAGUGUGCAAUGUUGAAGGAAUUUCACAAAGAAUAUAUGUACACCCCUUCCGAUCCAAACUGUGGAACUCCAACAGUAUUUAGUUCAGCAGGGACUACAGCAAACUUAGUGAUGGAGAAAUCUGCAGAGAUCUCCACCUCCUCUUGUGUUAAUGAUGCUCCAGCAACAGUCUUUUCCUCCAGCGUGGCAACAGACACUCAAGACUAUGUUAUCACGCCCAUUCCCCCACAGCCUGCAGUUCAGCCCAUCCUGGAAUCCCCUUCUUCUGCUGGGAGGCCAGUAGUGAUUUCACCAGUGCCAUCCCCAUAUUAUCCAGCACCCCCUCCCAUUGUCAGCGAGGUGGGAGACAGUGGCAGCAUUGCUGUGCCUUACUCCUACAAUCCCAAUUGCAGUGAUCUACCUCAAGAUGCAAAGGUAGUGCAGUAUUAUUUUAAUUUGGGAUUGCAGUAUUACCAUCAGAGCUAUUGGCGUUCCAUGGAGUACAGGCAACAGGCACCGGUGCCACCACCUGCAGAAGCUUACUCAGCAUACCCCAAGCCUGCCCCCAUGGUGGAGCAGUCAGUACCUUGGCUGUACACUGACGUUGGGAGGAAUAAGGUCCAGCAAGUUCCCCCAGAAACAGCAAAUGUUACUUUCCAAAAUGUAGAGCCUCCACCUCAAUCCCACGGAACAGUAUGUUAUCCAGUAGCGACAGAUCCCUAUGGCCAGCCACCUCCACCUGGGUUUGACUAUCGCGUCUCUUUAGUACCUCCUUAUCAUUAUGUUAGCACUUGGCAUCCUGCAAAUCCCUCCUAUGGUAAUCCUUCACAGUUCCAUAAUACUGUAAGUCCUAGACAGAUGCAUCCAGUCAGCUACGUUACUUCACCGAGUCCUGUAUCCUAUUAUGGACCUCCAAGUAUGUAA